CUUGUAGCUGCCUGUGCCUGCGGCUUUUCACGUGGAUGCGAAGAGCCCGCAUUCAGAUGUGCGCAUAAUCCUGUGCUUUGCACCGCUUUUCGUCAUCAGACAGCGAGCUGAAGCGAGCUACUUGUAGCUUCCAUGCAAGUUUGAGUGGCACGAGCUGAUCAUGCAUGCAUUCAGCUUUGUAGCAUUCACAGACCGUCGCGAUAGGUUUCUGAUCUUAACUUCCAAGAACGGUCCUGCAGAUUAGUAUAGAGCCUGUACUUCACGGCGAGUCAAUCGUCGGGCAUGUACCGAGCCUCGUGCUACAUGCGGGUGCUAGUAAGGAUUCAGCUCGUUUUUGAGACACGGUUAGAUGCGAUAGCCAUGCGUGAAUUUCACCAAGUUUCAGGGCCACAAUAGAAGAACAGCUUGAGCAGGUAGUUGGGGGUUGUACGUGCAAGCGGGAAGCCAGGAGGCGACAUCGCAUGGACCCCUCACUAACCCAGCAGCAUAAUCAUCGUUGCUCAUUGCUCAGCGAAAGCUUGUUAAAAAGGUCGGCCACGGAGCCUCUGAUCGUCCUAGGAUGCAUCCGUGCCAUUGUGCUUUGCGAACGUACGCACCGAUCUAAGCCACGACAUUCCACCGCCGAUGUGACUGCGACGAUGGCCCAAGGAGAGUUGUUGGGAAGGCAAUCGUCAUGCGUCUGGCACAAUGGCUCUUGGAAAGGUCCUGAUAUAUUCGAGCCGGAUCCCGGUGCGAGGAGAAGUCGUUACUGCAUCUAUCAACUUGUCUCUGCCUGUCUCGUCGCUUCGGGCAUCUUCGUCAUGCUCACCUAUACUCUGCUCUUUGUCUCCGGCUUCUCAGCGGUGAGCGGCGGCGUGCUGAACGAAGCUUCCAGUUCUUCUGUUCCUCAGUACUUCCAGACCACGCCCGAGAUCUACGCAGGACCAACGCCAACCGGUGUGCCUGCUUUCCUGGCAGAAACGAAUCCCGCACCGUUUCCAUCCACAUCAUACAUACCAAAUGCGCCGCUGGAGACCCAAGUGCCCAUUGCCGGGAACAUAAAUAACUCAAACAUCUACCAGUUGCAUGGACAGCUUUCGCACUACUUUCCUAAUCCGGAUGGCUUCGGUGUGAAUGAGUUCAGCCUGCCCAAGGACUGCAACAUCAGCUUUCUAUACAUGCUUUCCCGUCAUGGGGCCCGCUACCCAACCUCCGACAGCGGUGCAGCGAUGCUCGCUGCCAAGCUGAAGAACGCUUCUUCCACGCUCAAUGCCACCGGCGACCUUGCUUUUCUGAACACGUGGAAUUACAAGCUAGGCGCUAAUAUUCUUGUGCCCGUUGGCAAGCAGGAGCUGUUCGACAGUGGUGUUCUGCAUCAAUAUAUGUACGGUCAUCUCUACCCCAACAACGGCACCAAGAUUGUGGCCAGAUCUACCACAGAAGACCGCAUGACCCAGAGCGCCGAGUACUUCCUCGCCGGAUUCUUUGGUCUGGAUUGGCCGCAGAAUGCCACGCUUGAGCUUAUCAUCGAAGAAAACGGCUUCAACAACAGCCUUGCCGGCCGCCAUCAGUGUCCCAAUGCCAAAUCGGCGGUUUCAACUGGAGGCAAGAACGCCUCUGCUGCCUGGCAAGCCGUCUAUCUCAAAAAUGCCACAGCGAGAAUUGCGAAGCAGAUCUCCGGCUACAACUGGACCCUGACUGAUACGUACAACGCACAGUCCAUGUGUGCAUAUGAAACCGUGGCUCUGGGUUAUUCCGCUUUCUGCGGCUUGUUUACGUAUGAAGAGUGGCUUGGCUACGAGUACAGCGUUGAUCUCUCGUUCUCCGGCAACAAUGCGUUCCAGAGCCCAACAGGCCGUGCGGUUGGUAUUGGCUGGCAACAGGAACUCCUCGCUCGCCUUCAGCACCACUACAUCACCGGCCCGGAUGGAAACGUGAACUACACGCUUGACGGCAUGCCCAGUACAUUCCCACUGGACCAAACUCUGAACUUCGACUUCAGCCACGACACCAACAUCAUGAGCAUCCUCACAGCGCUGGGUUUCACCCAGUUCAACGCGACGCUUCCAACGGACCACAUUCCCAUGCACGACCUGGUCGUCUCGCAUCUGGAGCCGUUCGGGGCGAGAUUGGAUAUAGAAGUCAUCAACGCGCCUCGCCCAGUCAAUGCAUCCCGCACUUCCGGAGGUGCCGACGCGUACACGUCUGGCAACGCAACACAGUACAUUCACUUCAUUCUGAACCAGCGCACGCUUCCUAUGGGCCGCAGCUUCUCAGAGUGCGGCAGCCGCACCGACGGAUGGUGCGAGCUCAGCACGUUUAUCAAGGUGCAGAGCACGAUGUUCAACGAAUCGCAGUAUGAAUACGCUUGCUUUGGCAACUACUCCUCUGUGCCGUACGGGACUUUGACCAACGGCGUGCCACAAGCAGAGUCUUGACGUGAAUUUGAGAAGCUGUAUUUGCAACGACCGGGCAGCGCCUGGAGGAG